AUGGACAUGUUCUCCGUAUUGACGGACGCUCUAAUAAUCACUAUCAUUUCCUUCUUGCCCUUUGAAGAAGCCGCAAGAACGAGUGUACUAUCCCGGCGGUGGCGUGACCUAUGGCGUUCAACGGCAAACAUUGAGUUUGACGAGCGGUUUUUUGUUAGAGACAAUGUAGCUGUUGAAACUCAGCGGGUUCAAAGACUCGAAUUCAUCAACUUCAUUCGGUGCUGGCCACAUGAAGACACCGCCGAACUCAUCCUAAGAAGGUUCAUGCUCCGUAUGUCAAAGCCUUGCGAGUUCAAAUGUGACGUGCAAAUGUGCAUUUCAUUUGCCAUUUCCCGUGAUGUUGAAGUGCUUGAACUGGACUUCUCCGAUCCGACGUGGGACGAGAACGAUAUGGAGAAUCACGAACCGGAGUUUGAUCUCCCCAUGCAAAUUGGCCUGCCAGCUCUUGAGUCGUUGACACUGUUCGCAUGCAGUUUCAACCCAGCCUUGUUGAUAAAUCUCAGAUCGCUUAAGCAUGUUUCGUUUGGUUGGAUCGCAGUGAGAAUGUCUACUCUGAAUGACCUGUUGAGGAACUCUACGUGCUUGGAGAGUUUGAGGUUGAAAAAAUGUUGGAACCUGGAGCAUCUGAGCAUUUUUGAGAGGGAUUUGGCGCUGAAGACAUUGGUGAUUGAUAAUUGCAAUUUCCAUCAAGAGUGUUUUGCGGUUGAGGCACCGAACUUGAGGUCUUUCAAGUAUUCAGGGUCUGUAGGGAAUUUUGAGUUGCUUUUUACUAGGCAUUUGGAAGAGGCUGAACUCGACUUUGGAUCCGAGUCGGAGUUCGAUGAAUCCGGAGGUGAACUUCUCCAGACACUUCUAUCAUCCUUGGACUGCGCUAGGGUUUUGAAAGUUUGCAGUUACAUCCUUCAGGUUGUUCCAACUGGAGAAGAACCCUUGAGAAUGCAAUCACCUCUUAAUGUGCGGCAUCUUAUUUUGAACACUGCAUUGCACCGAGAUGAGUAUUGGGGGAUUGCUUUCUUCCUCAAGAGUUGUCCUUUUCUGGAAACCCUAACCCUCCAAAUGAGCCCUCCAAGAAUUUUUCCAGAUUAUCAACCGCCAUUCCAGUUUGAUCCGAGUAGAUUCUGGUCUGGCAAUAUAGAAAGGCUCUAUAGGUGCGUCCUUCGAACAUUGAAGGUGGUGGAGGUGAAGGGUUUCCAAGGGACGGUCAAUGAAACUCGUUUGCUAAGGUAUUUGCUGUAUAAUGGGCGUGCCAUGCAAGAACUCAAACUGUAUCUCUCCAAUGAAGCCGAUGGUCAUGGUGGUGAUCGUUCGGUAUACUUUCAGAGGGCUGUAUUUGUGAUGGGCUUCCCUAAAGCGUCACCGAAUGCUCAUGUAAUGAUCAUUUAA